AUGUAUAUUGGCUAUGAGAGUCUGAUUAAUCUGAUGCUGAAAGAUCUCUUCAAACUGCUGGUGUCCUGUGUGGCAGAACCAGCCGAGACCAUCUCCAGAGUGGGCUGCUCCUGUAUUAGGUAUGUUCUGGUAACAGCAGGGCCUGUUUUCACUGAGGAGAUGUGGCGGUUAGCAUGCUGUGCCCUGCAGGACGCUUUCUCGGCUACCCUGGAGCCUGUGAAGAAUCUGCUAGCUUGUUUCCGGAGUGGUUCGGACAAUUUCACUGGAGACGCGUGUGAAGUGAAAGUUGCAGCCCCCUCACACUCCCCUUCAGCCGAGGCUGAGUACAUAAGGAUCCGGGCCAUGGCUCAACAGUUCCUGGUGCUGGUUGGUGGCGCUAUGAUUGUGAACCACAAUUGCCACAUGCAUGUUAUCAGCCCCCAUUACUGA